UUACUAAACUCUUAAAUAAAGUUUUACUUAAUAAAAACUUUUGUAUAAACCUUAUUAAAUAUUAUUACUUAUUAGACUAUUAGUAAUAUAAAUAUAACUUUACACUCUACUGUUAUUAUAUGUCUAUAGAAAGUACGAAAGUAUAAUUUACUAGGUCUAGAUCAGUGGUGGGCAAAUUUGAAAUUAAUGUGGCCCACUGGAGAGUUUAUUGCUGCCCACUGACACCUACAGAAAUCAGCUGUGCCCACAGAUUAUAUAUAUAUGUAUAGUAGAUCAAACUUGCAACUAUAUCUAACUAUAUUAAAAAUAAAAUAAUUGUAAAUAUUUGAUAUAGUGCAUUUAUAUAUCAAUUUACAAUUAUUUUAUUUUUAAUAUAGAUUUAUUUGUAUGUUUUAUCUACUAUCAUAUAUAUAUAACCUGUGGGCAUAUCUAUACUAUAAAGUAGAAAGUAAGGCGUAUGUAUGUAUGUAUGUUACGAAUAGAAAUCAAAACCGUUUGACCAAUCUUGAUAAAACUUGGCAUAAAAAUGUUCACAUGAGAGAGGCGUAGGGUAUCAUGAAAAAAUUGCAGGAGCACAAGUCAAAACUGAAAGUAAUCUUGCUACAAGAAACAAAAAAACAUUAUCCAACAAGCUAAAUGAUUUCUAUUGUCGUUUCGACACUAACGAUUUUAAUUAUUGAGGAUGUCAAUGUUAACAACUAUUUAGAAUUAGCUUUUACUAAAGAGCAAGUAUGCAACAUUUUCAAAAAAAGUCAACCCAAUGAAAGCUGGUGGGCCUGAUGGAAUAAAAGGGCGAAUCUUAAAAGAACAACUAGCUGAACCUUUCCUAGAUAUUUUUUCCACUUCAUUACUAAACCAUGAGAUACCAUCUCUGUGGAAGUCGUCCAUAAUUUUACCUCUGCCUAAGGUUUCCAAACCAAAGGAAAUGAAUGACUUUAGACCUGUUUCACUUACUUCGAUGGUGUCAAAAUGUUUAGAAAAACUGGUUAAAAUGUUUCUUCUGAAUGAUCUUGGUAGGAAGUUGGACCCUUUACAAUUUGCUUACCAAAAGGGUAAAGGUGUAGACGAUGCCAUCCUAAAUAUUUUAAAUAGUGUCUACAAACAUCUGGACUUAUCGAACACUUAUGUAAGAUUGUUCUUUAUUGAUUUCUCAUCAGCUUUUAAUACCAUACAACUUCAUUUACUUAUUGAAAAGUUGAAAGCGUUGAAGAUUAGUCCAUACCGUACAUAAUACUAUGGGCUAAUGAAUUUUUGACCCAGAGACCUCAGAGGGUUAAGAUCUUUUGAGUAAACUAUGCCUGGACAAUGUCAAUCCUGUGGAGAACAUGCUGUUAUUGAAGCUGAAAUUGAUGGGGAAGGAACAAAAUACAUUUGUGUUGAAUGUGGUACUGUUGAUUCAGCAUACAUCUCUCUGGAGCACUCAAGUCUUAAUGGAGAGAUAGAGAGAGAAGAAGCAGACAUUCACGAAGAAGUGUGUGAGUCAUGUGGAGUGUCUCUUACACCCGCUGCCUUGGAAGCUAGGCAACAAUUGUGCCCAGAUUGUGCCUCAGAAGAAGAAAGCCUGGAGCAGCCUGUACCUGCUGAAAUAUAUGUUUCUCCUGAUGAGAAAAUUAAACUUCCUUUAGCUGGUGCUGUCUGCAAGUCUUGCGGUAGCCAGGACCUGAGCACAGAAUGCAUUGGAGCAGAUGAGCGCUGUGUUUGCAAGGGUUGUGGUACUGUCAUAGAGGAACAGCGUUUAGUUUCAACAGAUUUUGAGUACAGCAACUCCAAGGCUCCUCAAAACCACAGUCUUACCCUGCCAAAGCAUGCCAUGCCACAAAGGAAGCUUAAAGGCCUUGUGGCUGGGCUAAAUAAAAUCCGAUUACUCCAUGACAGAUUUUGCUUUCCAGAUUCUGUAAAAACUGAAGCUGAUUUCAUGUAUGAGAAAGUGUUCUUUCAAAAAGAAGUCUUCUUUGCAUAUAUCACAACAAAAGAGCAUUACGCAGCAGCAUGUUUAUUUCUAGCUUGCAGGAUGCAGAACAUUCCUAUAAGUGUGACACACUUUAAGCCCUAUCUAGACAAGUUCUCAGCAUUUUUCAAAGGGAAAAAAUUAAUUGUACGACUUUUGAAUCUUCAACUACCAAGUGUGGUACAAACGUCUCAUGUUAGUUAUUGCCUUGAAGGAAAAGGGUUUGAUGCUUGUCUUAUACAGAAGGUGAAUGAUAUACUAUUUUUGUGUCGCAACGCUUGGCUGACAGAAGGGCGUUCUAGACCAGGGCUGAUCGCCAUUGCUGCUUAUUAUGCCUAUUUGAGCCGCUAUGGUGCUCAAGGGUAUAUGACUCUGGAAAAAUUUCAAAAAAAAUUCAAAUUCCCAUUAAUUUCAUUGCAAUUGUUUAAUGAUUGUAAGCAACUUUUCCUAAAACUGGCAACUGUGCUACCCUGGGCUAGCAGUGUUGACAACAAAAACCUCUAUCGUUACAUUGAUGACAUACUGCGAUACAGACACAGUGUUUUCCAGCUGGCUUUUAGAAGUGAUGUCGAUUCAGCUGUGAGCAAGCCCACCAAUGGCACUUUGAGUCCUGGCAAGCGGAAAUCAGAUGAAUCCUCCAAAGAAUUAAAUCUUCCUAUUUCUCUGAAGAGAAUAAAGCAAGAGAAAAAUUAUUUUACAAAUGAUGUGGUCAUCCCACCGCAUCUUAACCUCAAUGACCCAGAGGUCAGAGAAACAGAUUUCGAUGAAGAAGAGAUUAAUACUUAUUUGUUGAGUAACGAAGAGCAAGAAAAAGUGAGACUUUUAAAGCUGGAACAGAUAGAAUAAUUGCAGAGUAUUGGAUGAACAAGCUAAUUUAACUUAAUUAAGAGAAAUUAGUGACCAUUUAAUCUUGAAGUAGAAAUGUUGCACUUCUAUUUUAAGUUUUAAGUAAGAAUAUACUUCAGAUGUGAAUGGAAACUAUAUAUGGGUCAAAUUUUUUUUUUCAAACUAUUUAGUCAUUUAUUUACAAUUAUUUUACAUUAUUUUUCUAAAGCAUAAUUGUAAAAUAUGUUUUUAAUUACUGGGCAUUUAAAAGUAACAUGGGCACGGAAUAGUGCAGAUGUACAAAAUAAUUCAAAACUUAACAAAGUAGUGCCCUCUACUUGUAAAUUCCUAACAUCUAAUUUGGCUUUAAAUAACUAUAAAUAUGAUUACUUAAUAAAAUCAAUUAACUCAUUUAGUAUGAUUUUUUUUCAGUGCAGCCUCAAAGUAAAUGGGAGGCUAAAUUAGUGUACCCUUCUUUGUUAUAAGAUUUAUAUUUUUUUAAAAUAAUACCAUUUACAUAAUUUUUUUUGUUUAUUUUUAAAAGAAAAUUUUGACGUCUUGUGUAUUAAAUGUAUCAAAGACUCAUAUGAGUAGUUUUUUAUAAAAAUUGCUCAAAUAAUAUCUGUAUUAUUUAAUGAAUUUUAUAUGGUUGAACUAUCUCAAUGUAGGAAAAUAUUGAAAUUGUCGAU